AUAAUUGGUCUAUGGCUACGGUGGCGAGGCGACUGGCGUUAUCACUUUUGAGUUUUGAUUUAGCGCAUUUGUCAUUUAAAAAAUAGGUAUUUGUAAUAAAAACAAUAAUUAAACAUUGUAUGUGAAUAGCGUUAAUUAUUUAGAUACUACACGUGUUAAAUAAAAUAAGUAAAUUUACUAAACAGAAGAGAGUAAAAUUUGGUGACAGAAUUUUUGAAUCAACACCUAAAGUGAAGUCAUGAAUAUUGUAGUGUUUACAACCACGGUGGUCAGUAUUUACUUGGAGGAUUAUAAAUAUGGCUUUUUGCAAUACCGGUAAUGAGGCAUCAUCAAAACAAAUUAUACCCGAUAUAUCUGAUGAAACAAAUAUCAUUGACGAUCUAUCUAUAAUUCCAUUAGAAAAAGAUAGUUUUGCAAUAUGUGAAUACUGCGGCAGAGUCGGUAGACGCAGUCAGUUCUAUCCACGCAAUAAUAAGUUAUGUUCCCUGCGAUGCAACAGUAGUAGAAGUAACGCAAAACGACGCUAUUGCGACUGGAGGUUCAAGCUGAUGGAGGGUGCCGAACACAUGGAAGGGCUCAUCCCAUUAGAGCCGUUGCCUCAAUUGCAGCACUGGCAGGCUACUUUUAAUGAAUUGCAGGCGGGACCUAUAAAGCAAACUGCUCAAGUAGCAAACAGUUAUGAAUGGAAGGAUGAGCUUUUCGGCUGCGACUUUCUCGCAGCACCGGUCAGCUUGUUCAAGCAUGCUCCAUUACAUGAAAUGUGGGAUAAUACUUUCGAAGGCAUGAAAGUUGAAGUGAAAAACACAGACUGUGAGAAUUAUUCACAAAAAUUGAGCGAUUACUUCUGGGUGGCUACUGUUUUAAAAGUAAAAGGUUACAUGGGUCUAUUACGGUAUGAGGGCUUUGGGAGCGACGACUCCAAGGAUUUUUGGGUGAACCUCUGUUGUUCUGAAGUGCACCCAGUUGGCUGGUGCGCAACCCGCGGCAAACCGCUCAUACCACCCAGAAGUAUAGAAGACAAAUAUACAGAUUGGAAAAAAUUCCUUGUGAAACAACUAACUGGUGCACGAACAUUGCCUGCAAAUUUCUAUUCAAAGUUACACGACAGUCUAGCUUCAAGGUUUUCUAUUGGUUCUGUUAUGGAAGUCGUUGAUAAAAAUAGGAUAUCACAAGUUAAGGUAGCGAGUGUAUGUGAGAUAAUAGGCAAACGAUUACACGUGAAAUACUAUGAUAGCUCACCGGAAGACAAUGGCUUCUGGUGUCAUGAGGAUUCACCCCUCAUUCACCCUGUGGGCUGGGCGUUCAGGGUGGGUCAUCCCCUAGAUGCACCCCAUAGCUACUGCCAAAGAGUCGCAGCUGGGAGACUAUUGGCGAAUGAUACCACAGCAGAUAUGUUUUACAAGUACCCUACAAAUGAACCCCCAUUGUUUGCAGAGGGGAUGAAAUUGGAGGCGAUAGACCCCUUGAAUUUGUCAGCUGUGUGUGCUGCAACUGUGAUGCAAAUAUUGAACGAAGGGUAUAUGAUGAUCAGGAUAGAUUGCUACCCGGCAGACGCUUCUGGUGCUGAUUGGUUUUGUUACCACCAACGGUCGCCGUGCAUAUUUCCUGUGGGAUUUGGACUAGCGAACAAUAUUACGCUAGUUCCGCCUGCUGGGUUCACUGCAGACCAGUUCGGUUGGGAGGACUAUUUGGCAAGCACGGGUAGUCGCGCGGCUAGCAGGUCGUUGUUCAUCGCGCGCGGCCACGUGGUCUCGCACGGCUUCGUGGCGGGCAUGCGACUCGAGUGCGCCGACCUGAUGGACCCCAGGCUCGUGUGCGUCGCGACUGUCGCGAGAGUUGUCGCAGACCUGCUCAAGGUGCAUUUCGACGGCUGGGGCUCCGAGUACGACCAGUGGCUGUGGGCGCACAGCACGGACGUGUACCCGGUGGGCUGGUGCCGCGCCGUGGGCCACCGGCUGGAGGGCCCGCUGCAGCCGCCGGUGCGAGUCGCGCGCCGCCCGCCCGUCAGGCCCAACCGGCGCAAGCGGAGACAGGCUACCAAAGUGACCACACAACCACCAAACACAACAGAGGAGAGUUCCCAAAACUCUGACAUGGGUGACACGAAGAGCCUCUCCCCUCCCACCAGCGUGUCGGAAGUGUCUGCGGACGCCGAGCCUCGCUCGGAGGAGCAGCCUCCCAGCGUGAAGAUGGAAGUGGACACGGAGCCCAAGACCAGCCCUGAGCCGGAGCCUCCUGAGGAACGACUGACUGAUGUCAGCCAGGAUGUUGUGAGCACACCAACAGACGUAUCUCAGGAUUCGAGUCAAAACAUUAACCCAUCGUCCCCCGAAUUACCCGUAAAGAGUGAGGACGACAAAGUGAUACCCAGACUAGUCAACACGAGUGUUCCCCUAGAUGUCCUAAACACAGUGGAUCCGGAGAACUGGACAACUUCAGACGUUGCCAAGUUCCUCACAGUCAACGAUUGUCAGCCAUAUUGCAUCAACUUCAGUCACAUAACAGGACACAUGAUGCUUCAACUGUCUAAAGAUGAAAUAAUUGAACUUUUAGAAAUGAAAGUGGGACCUUCUUUGAAGAUAUUCGAUCUAAUACAACAGUUAAAGUGUAAAAUCAAACAGCCCCAGUGCAGAAUGCUUGCCAGCUUCAAAUAGUGUGUGUUUGUAUUUCAUGCUUUUGGUCUGAGAUUUGUGUGUUAUUUUAUGAGUAUAUAAAAAAAUAAGGUCGAAUUGAGAAACCUUCUCCUUUUUUUGAAGUCGGUAAAAAUAAUGUUAAAGUAUUAUGAACCUAAUGGUCUCAUUAUUUUAGUGUUCUGUAUGUCUAGAAGGAAAAAAGGGCUCAAUUUAGAACCAUUUUGUUAUUUGUUACUGUGUCAAACCAAAGUUAAAAAUAAACUAAAAAAUUAUUCAAAAAUCAUAUGAUUUUGUUAUUUUUGAAUCAAAAUCAAAGUAAAAGGUUAUUCCUUAAUCUAGAAUCAUGAAGUUAAACAAUAUUUUAUAUUAAAGUAAAAAAAAAACGAAAAAUUUUGUAUGGAACACUUACUCAUGAAUGACUCAUGCUUGGCCUUUUUUUUGUAUUACAAGCUUUUGCUGACAACUGUAAGAACUAACGACCAUCAUUAUGGAUGAUAUAGGUUAGUAUUACUUGACUUGUAAUUUUUAUAUGACUAUAAUAAAAAACGCGCAAAUCUUAUACUGAGGGUAGAUAUCAAAAGACAUUGUAGAUGAUAUAAUAGAAUACAUAUAAUAGUUGUGUGCAAAAUACUUGUAAGUAAUAAUAUCACUUCUGCUAAUGCUUAGAUUGUGGUAAAGAUUGCUAUUUCGAAUGUGAUGUAUAAUUACGAAAUUAUCUUACGGCCGGAAUUAAUAUAACAAUAAUCUAAUAGAUUCAAUAUUGUAUUGUGAAAUGGGUAUUAAACGAAGACAGAUAAAGAAAUAGACAAGUGAUUGGCAUAUUAAAAUAUUUUGAUUUACGUUUAUUUUAUAUUUAAAAUCUACUUAUUGACAUAUGUCAAACUUGUUUAACCCGUCGUUGUCUCUGAUAAAAAUGUUUCAUUACACUUGUUCUCUUUUUUUGAGGGAAUCUAUCUCUUGUCUGUUAUCUCUUCUGUCUGUGGUUUAAAAUCACAAAUAUAUUACAGAUAUAUCAAUUGAUAUAUAUCUGUAAUAUAUCAUUUAUCCGUAAUAUAUUACAGAUAUAAUAUAAAUUGAUAUAUCUGUAGAGACAACAACAGGUUUUCUCUGAACAAAAUGCUUAUUUACAUUUUUUUUUUUGAGGGAAUCUAUCCCUUUGUCUGUGUACUCCUUUGUCUGUGAUUUAAAAUCACAAAUAUAGUACAGAUAUAUCAAUUGUGGUAUGUUGAUUACGAGCGUAAAGGCAUACAUGAUUGGGUCUUGUCAAAAAUGUAUAAUUUUCAAAAGGUUAGUAAAGACGAGGCCUUAUAUUAAAAAUUUAUAAUCAAAGGGGAUGAUGUAUAUUGUAUGCACUGUAGAAUUUAGGUAAGUAUUAUAUUUCUUUGCUGACGGAAGUGUGAUAAAUUCUGUUACUAUUAUUUUACACUACUGGAUACACAGUUGACUGCGGUAACAACCCAAGUUCAAUGUUAUAGUAGGGGAGCCCGGAAUGCUAAAUUUGCAGUUACUCGAGCGUCAUGGAGGACCGAUUGCAUUUGGUAGAUUAAUUUAUAGGAAGAAUAAAUGGUUAUUUACUUUUUUCGCUUUUAGCAGUGGAAAAAAAACUACAGACCUUAAAAACAAUUUUUAUUACAUUGGCCUACUGAAAUUGACAGAAAAUUUUAGUGACUAGUUAGGAGGUUAUUUCCUUCAUAAUAAUUAAAAAAAUAAUCGCGAGAACUAAAGUAAAAGGGUUUUAUUUUGUAACUUUGAAACCCUUCCAUUCCAUUACGUUACGCUCAAAUCGUCAGAUUUUUGAAAUGUGCAGUUUUUAGCUAGCAACUCGCCUACAUCAUCUUCCACCUAACAUUCUACCACCCUACCGGCAAAGACGUACCGCCAAGCGAUUUAGCGUUCCGGUACGAUGCCGUGUAGAAACCGAAAGGGGUGUGGAUUUUCAUCCUCCUCCUAACAAGUUAGCCCGCUUCCAUCUUAGACUGCAUCAUCACUUACCAUCAGGUGAGAUUGUAGUCAAGGGCUAACUUGUAAAGAAUAAAAAAAAAAAAAAAAAAAAAAAAAAAAAAAAAAAAAAAAAAAAAAAUCUUAAUCUGACUCCUGGUUGAGUAUUUCUGAAGUUAGUUUUUUUUUUGGUUGCCCUAAACGUAGUCACCAAUAUUAAGGGGUCAUACUUGGUGGAGCUACUGAAAAACGUGCAAAGUAUAGUCCCUUAUGUUUAUCUGCCGCGCUCGAGUAACUGCAAAAAUCCCCUCUUCGGCUCCCCUACUAUCUAGAAUUAUCAUCCCAAUCAUUUUCCACACAUUGACAAUGCGCAAAUGGAGAUUGUACCUACUGGGUUUGUAACUUGGUGUGUGUAGAAUUCUACUGAACUGGAGACUUGUUUUUUUUUUCAUAAAUAGGGAAUAUGCAUGUGCAUAUUAUUUUUCUUUGUAUUUCCUAUUGAUAUAUGUAUUCAUACCUACAGUUUUUUUGCAUUUAUGGGAAUGACAUUUGCUAUCGACAAGUCACGUGACCUGCCACUUGGCUUGGGGGGCUGGUCCUAUAAUAAAUUAAAUAUUUAUUUCAAUAAGUUCCAGCAAUCAAUAGAAAAGUGUGUAUGUAUUUAUAUUUGUGACAUAUGUUAUACAAUUGCUGGUAUAACAUAUGUCACAAAAUGCGCGCUGAAAUGGCAGUAUUUUUUUUAUAAAUUCUUAUACAUUUUGUCUUAUUUUGUCAAAUAUUUAAAGUGUUUGUUUUUCAGCAAUUUUUUUCCCUAGUAAUUUAAAUUUUAGCUUUUAUUAUGGGUUUGCAGUGUCACAAGUUAAUUAAAAAUGUUGAUAUAAUACCUACAUGCAAAUUCCUUAUUACAAUAAAAAUAAGCAAAUACUCUCUUCUUAAUAGUUUGUGUGACAAUCAUGAUUUAUCGCAAAAAAUCGGCGUAUUUGGUGGAAUUAUGACAUUAGACAAUAUGGAAAUCAUAUUUUAUAAUUCCCGUCUUUUCCUUUUCUUACUAUAUUGUUACUGGUUAGGCUUCGCGUGGAAUGAAAAUAAGGUAGCUGAUGCAUUUAAUUUUUUGCAAUUUAGCAAAUCCUAUAUUUAUUUAAUAACUAAGAAUUUUUAGAAGUCAGAAUUCGUGACCUCAUAAUAGUCUGUGGUGUGUUACCACAGAUAAUAAGUUAAUGACACAAUUAUCUAUAAUUAUUUUCUAUGUGACUACUAAAUCAUCAUUUCUAUGAAUCAUUUGUUUAUACAUUGUAUAUAAAUAAUAUCAUACAUAACAUAAUGAGGUGAUAUAAGCUGUAAAAAUAUAUUUGUAUUUAUAGUCCAGUCAGUGGUAAAAAUAGAAGUUGCUAAAGACAUUUUUUGUCUAUGUUACAGUCAAAAGUAGAACUAAGGAAAUCGGUCAAAACUACAUUUGGUCAGCAGAUAUUUUAGCAAAAAUGGGCGCAAACUAACCUGUAAACUAUCACGACAUAUUAUCUCGAGACGACAGAGACAAAUGUCGACCAAUAGCAGCGGAAUCAAAAUAUACUUUACUUUAGACGGCCUCCGUGGCGCAGUGGUAUGCGCGGUGGAUUUACAAGACGGAGGUCUCGGGUUCGAUCCCCAGCUGGUUCGAUUGAGGUUUACUUAAGUGGUCCAGGUCUGGCUAGCGGGAGGCUUCGGCCGUGGCUUGUUAUCACCCUACACGACAUCGUACAGUAAAGUAGCUUUCCGGUGCGAUGUUGUGUAGAAAACAAAAUUUUCAUCCUACUCCUAACAAGUUAGUCCGCUUCCAUCUUAGAUUACAUCAUCACUUACUUACCAUCAGGUGAUUGUAGUCGAGGACUUACUUGUAAAGAAUAAUAAAAAGAAUACUCCGCCGCUAUUGGUCGACAGUGUCUUUACGAGAUGUGUCGUUGACGCAUGCGUGGGCUACUAGCGAAGAUAUUUGAUUUGCAGUCAAAACACUUAAACAACAAAAUCAGUUAAAAGUAGGUACUUGUGAUCAAAGUAAAGUUCUAGACUAAAGUGUUUUGGGUGCAAGCAAAAAAACUAUCAGGCUUAUGCGUCUAUAUUGACUGACUGGACUUAAAAGUUAAUGGAAAAAUUGUGAUACUUUAUAUUCAGUUUAAGUCGUGUCUCUAUGUUCAUUUGAUGUUCGUUUUAAACGCCCAUUUGUAUCCAUUAGGCCCAAGAUGCGUAACGACAUAUAUCGAGACGAGAGAAAGACAAAUGGCGACCAAUAGCGCCGGUAUCUAAAAUAUCGCUCCCUUUCAUUCGAUUACGGGUGGUAUUUACUUAUAUUAUUUGUAUUAUUAUAAAAAGGUGGCAUUUGCAUAAAGUCGUUAAGACAGUAAUAGUAUAAAUAAAAGGGUAUUUGAUUAUUUUAGUUCAUUUAUUUGUUAGGCAGCGAUAACACCGUCACGCUGCUAGUCACGUUAGUGAUUUUGUGUAAUAAUAAUGUUCUGAUCAUAAAUUUAUUAGUGUGGGCAUUGGAAACAUAUUGGGCAGGAGAGUGAAUGUUAAUGCAUUCUAAAGCGAUCCCUUAAACCUACACCCAAGGUCACAAGUCCGGGAACCUACUCUAGGUGUUUCCUCUACCACAAAAUGAUGACACAAUCACUGUCGCUGCUACCUGCCACGUUAUAAUUGGUCGACAAUGUAUCUGUUCAUGAGAUAUGUCGUUAAGUAUCUUAAAGGCCUGCCGAUAUGCUGUGGUGAGAAUAAGACAUAGUACAAUCAGCAUCGUAUGUAAUAAAAUCAUAAAUCAUGUAACUUGAUUAUCGUAUUUAUAAAUUGCUUACCACUUCAUAAUAUGAUUGUGGAAACCUCGGAUUUAUGGUUAGCUAGAAACUCUGUCUAAACUUGCCUGUAUAUAUUAGUAUAAGCCCACAUUAAGCGCUCAUGCUGUCCUAUUUUAUUUUGUGUCCUUUUUUUCAGAUAUAACUACGAUAUAUAGUAAAUUAUUUAUUAUUUACCCGACCUUAAAUGGCACUCGAUUAUUAAGACCAAACAUAGACGCGGUUGAAUUUAUACUUUGAAAAAGCGACGUCUAGCUUAACAUAAAUCUGUGAUAUGAACAAAAUUAUGCAACAAUUACAUAAAAAUUACUUUCUAUGUUCUUGCAAUUCUUAUUGUAUGCUUAAAAUAUUGCUAUAAUUAUUAUUAUUGUUCUGUCAUCCAUUAAUUCUAACCAAUCUAUUUUCAUUUCAUCUUAUCAUAAUCACAUAUUUAAUGUAUUAUUGUAGUGUUAUUUUAUUAUUUGACGAUUAAUGAAAAAUGAAUUUUUAUAUUUACACACAAAACCGUCUUUGCCGUUCGUAAAUAAUUCUAAACGCUUCAGUUGAAUGCGUUGAUUGGAAGAUUAUAACUUAAGGCACCUUUGCUUAGAGCUCUAAGGGCUCCCACACACGGGCCACCGGCCACACAAAACGCCGCUACCGGCAUAUUUCCUGUAGUUUUCAUACAUUUUAUAUGGACUCGCCGCACACGGUUGACGCCGGUGGCCGCCACACGCUACAAUCGUCACUGCAUCGCUUCUUGUGGCCCGCACCGGCCACAAAACGCCGCAACACGCCAUUCGGUCGCUUCUUGUGGCCCGCACUGGCCACAAAACGCCGCAACACUCCACUCGCGCGUUUUGAUACUGCAUGUAUGAGUUAAAGCCACCGACCACAAGUGUCGACCACCGGCCGCAAGUUGCUGUCGCGCGCUUCAGCUUCUUUUGUGGCCCCUUCGCGUGCUACUGUCGCGUGUGGCCCGUGUGCGGCGACAAUAGGCCUAUAAUGCGCGUCACGACAUAUGUCAUAAAGAUAAAAUGCCAUAUAGUCUACCGAAGUCGCCCAAAAUAUGACUCUUUCGUUGCGGUAUGACUUUCCGACUCGGCCGCUAUUGGUCGACUAAUGUCUUAAAAACAAAAUGACAUAAUCGACCGAAGCGUUCGAAAAUAUGGCUCUAUCGUUGCGAUAGGACGAAAGGAAUAGCGCCAUUUCCGACUCGGCCGCUAUUGGUCGACUAUGUCAUUUUCUCUUCACGAUAUAUGACGUGGACCGUAUCUUACGCCUGCAGGAGAAAGACAUCUAUUACGUUGAGUAAGAAAAUGUAACAAAAAUUCGCAUUCGCAUUUAUUUAAUUUAUUAGAAAAGCUGUAAUUAUAAUAAUUCAAAUUUGUUUUAUGCAAUGUUAGUAUGUAUUCAAUUAGCAAUAUUUUUGCAACGAUUUCAUACUAUUAGAUAUGUUACGGGCCUACAAUAUUACCGCAAAAAGUGAUCCGAAUUUAGCUACUCCACUGAGUGUGCACACAUGCACAAUAGGGAUGAUGACAGUUUUUUUUAAUUGUAUAUAAAUUAAGAGUAUGCUAAUAGCAAAGCAUUUUUGUAAAAGUAACAGGUUAUCUGUGAUCAUUACAUGCGGCGCUGCCGCGGAUCGCUCAAAAACGCUCCAUACAAAAUGGCACGAUUUAGUGACGUCGUUGGCGCGGUGAUCGUUACGUUUGUAUGGGCGUUCAAACAAAAUUACCUACUAAUAUCUUUGUUAUUUGUGCGUUUAUGUUUAUAGUUCAUUUAUUGAAAAUGACACAUUUAAUGUACGGAAGCUAAAACUGUGUGAAUUUUCAUCUAAUUACGAUAAAAAAAAAUUUAAUAGAUUUUGAAAUUUUAUAAUCUUAUUUAUUUUUCAAAUAUUCAGACAAUCUUUGCUUUUUAUGUAUAAAUUAGUUAACAUUGACCUUAUUUACCCGAAUGUAUCAUAAAAAUCAAUAUAUUCAAACCUAGUCAUCAUCCCCAUUUUGUGCUUUACACUUUCUGAACACACAGCUCGACAUUGUAGACAUUUUGGUAUUAUUUGUUUAAAUAACUUUUGUUGUUUACUAUGCGACUAAAUGAAAUCCACCGUUGUUAGCCUCAGUUUUGAGGCGCUAGUGACAUAUCUAGUAGUAUGAAAUAUUUGUAUAUGCAAUGUUUGAAUGUAUUCAAUUAGCAAUAUAAACUUUCGCUGCCGCUAAAUUAAGCAUAGUUGUGUGCAUUUGGUGCAAUGUUAAAUCAAAUCAAAUUAAAAAUCAUUUAUUUCAAGUAGGCUCAGUUUACAAGCACUUUUGACACGUCAGUUGACUAUUUGUAAAGAUUCUACCACCGGUUCGGAAGGCAGGUUCUGCUGAGAAGAUACCGGCAAGAAACUCAACAGUUGCUCUUUUGAAAUGAAAAAGUCAUACAGUAUCAUAAUUUACAAUUGAUAACAAUUACAAUUUCUUAUAGUUUUAUUUCCUGUGUGAAGGUGGAAGCUGAUCCAAUGGCCUCCAAGCGCUUUUAUCUUUAAGGAACUCAUCAAUGUAAUGUAUGUUAUGGUCUCAGUGACCUGGUCUGAUGUGAAGAUAGAAUAUUAUGACCUCAGGAUUUCUAAAAUUGCCUGCAUAACCCCGUAAACACUUAUGCUCAAGAUGUCUUGGCAAAUUUCUUUUAUAAUUCAUACAGACACAUUCACAGUCAGUCAAAUAAUUAUUGAUGCUGUAUAGUUUGAUGAUUUUCAUAUUCACAUAUGAGUUAAGAGCCAGAACUACCUUUAAAGUGUAAUAAUUUAUUGCGGAAAUAUUCUGAUAAAAGGUAAAUACAUAUACACAGUAUAAUAAAAUACAAUCUUUUUACAUUUUCUAAAUCAUCGUAAUUGAAUUGUAUGUUUGACUUUCGGCUCUAAUUUAAUAAAUUAGGUGAUAAUGAAAUUGCCUUUUUAGUGACUUAUACAAAUACCCUACUUUAGAUAUAGCCAGUGCAGUGUUUUUUUUAUCGAAUGUCCUGGUAAUAAAUAUUUAAAUUAUAAAAUGAAA